GGGGUUUGGGGCUUUCAGAGAACGCGAUCAGAACGCUCGUGUGUCACGUGAUGCUGACGUCAGUCGCCCUCUGAUGCAGGGGGAUCCAUCAUGGCGUCGAUGCAGAAAAGGUUACAGAAGGAACUGCUAGCCUUACAGAAUGAUCCGCCCCCAGGAAUGACCCUAAACGAGAAGAGCGUACAGAACACCAUCACACAAUGGAUUGUGGAUAUGGAAGGAGCCUCUGGUACUCUUUAUGAGGGGGAGAAAUUUCAGCUUCUUUUUAAAUUUAGUAGUCGAUAUCCCUUUGACUCACCUCAGGUAAGUCAAAAUAUUAAAUAUUAACUCUGUAUUUCAU